AGGCCUUUUUUUUCCAAGUCAUUGUAGACCUUAUAGGAAAUGAUUGUCUUUGUGCUUUGAGAGUUUUUAGGAGCAGUGAAGAAUGCAUCCAUAUUGAUUUCAGCUUGUUGGGAUAUAUGGUCCUUUGGUUGUGGACUUAUGAAUGAAGAUCCUGUGGGGUUUCAAGUUGCAAGACGUCAAUCCAAAUUUGGACAGAUCAAAAGUGUGUUUGUUAGGAGCAAUUUUUCUGUCAGUAAGUUUGGAGAUAGUGCAGGGAAUAGGUUUUCGUGUGCCCAGAAGGGAUUUCAGUCUAGCUAUCUUGGCAGUAUAGCUCGUCGAGCACCUGAUGCAGAUGAAGCAGCUGAAGUUUCAUAUAAAGAAUUUUACCAUCAGAAUGAUCCCGAGGCUGUGAUUAGAGUAUUUGAAAGCCAUCCAUCUCUCCAUAAUAGUGCCUCAGCUCUUUCUGAAUACGUAAAAGCAUUAGUGAAAGUUGAUAGGCUUGAUGAAAGUGAAUUACUGAAGACAUUAAGGAGAGGUAUGUCCAAUUCAAUGGGUGAGGAAGAAACUGUAACUGCUGGUCUUUCUGCUUUUAGAAAUGGGGGAAAAGCGGCAAAAGGCAUUCCUCUUGGAACUGCUAGUAAUCCAAUUCAUAUGGUGGCUAGAGAAGGUGGGAAUAUAAAAGAUCGGCUAUGGCGGACACUAGGGUCACUAAGGUCCGUUGCAGUGGCCUUUGUCUUGAUUUUGGGUCUAGGAGCACUCAUUGAAGCCGCUGAAGAUGAAGGAAUUAGUAAUGAAGGAACUAGUAAAGAAGUGCAACCCAGCAUGGACUCAAGUACAAAAUUUAAUGAUGUAAAAGGUGUUGACGAGGCAAAAGCAGAGCUGGAAGAAAUUGUUCACUACCUUCGAGAUGCUAAGGACCUUGCUACGGGAAAGACGAUUUUAACUGCUAAAGAGCAAAGUGGGUUGUAUUUGUUGGAAUCUGAUGACCAAAACAAAACAAAAAUCAUGAGUCAACAAGCUACAUCUGAAACGUGGGCAAAUUCCCAAAUAUGGCUACAUCAUAAAAGGCUUGGGCAUCCUUCAUUCAACCUUCUUAAAUCCUUAUUUCCUCAUUUGUUUACUAAGGAGUCUAUUGAGUCUUUUAAUUGUGAUAUUUGUCAAUUGUCAAAACACCAUCGUGCAUCCUAUCCUAUUAGUAAUAAAAAGAGUACUUCUCCAUUUGAUUUAAUUCACUCUGAUGUUUGGGGACCUGUCGUAGAAUCUAUUUCCGGAGCUAGAUGGUUUGUUACCUUUAUUGACGAUUGUACCCGUGUCACAUGGACAUACCUUAUGAAAAAUAAAUCAGAAGUUUUCCAAAUCUUUGUUAAUUUUUUCCGUCUGGUCCAAAAUCAAUUUGGAAAAAAUAUCAAAAGAAUCAGGUCUGAUAAUGGUACUGAAUAUGUGAAUCAUGAAUUUCUUAAUUUUUUGUCUCAUAAUGGUAUUGUUCAUGAACUAACAUGUGUAAACACCCCUCAACAAAACGGGGUUGCAGAAAGAAAGAAUCGUCAUCUUCUAGAAGUAACUAGAGCUCUUCUUUUUCAAAUGUCUGUUCCAAAAAAUUACUGGGGAGAAGCUGUGUUAACUGCCACAUAUCUCAUCAACAGGUUACCCACCCGUAUCUUAAAUGGCAUUAGUCCUAUAGAGUCUCUAUUGUCUUUUGUUCCCUCUUGCCCUCUAAUAUCGAGUCUACCUAGUCGAGUCUUUGGAUGUACUGUUUUUGUUCACUCUCAUCAUCCUAAUCGUAGUAAAUUAGAUCCCAAAGCUCUUAAAUGUGUCUUUAUUGGGUAUCCUUCUAAUAAAAAAGGGUACAAAUGUUAUCAUCCUCAGAGUCGUCGCGUCUUUAUCACCAUGGAUGUCACCUUUCAGGAAACACAAUCCUUUUAUGCCAGUCCACCACUUCAGGGGGAGAAAGCACUUGAAGUGGAGGAGCUCUCCUUCUUGUCAUUACCAUAUUUGUCUUUGCAGGAUGCCCAAGAUCUAAGCAAUGAAGCUACCAUGGUCCACAAUGAGGAAGAAGCGGAAGAAGAGGAAGACAAAUUUUUUGGCAAAAAAUAUGAAAGAAGAAAACAACCCACUUCGACUCUCGAGCAAGAAAAAUUGUCUAAUCCGGAGGUGAGGAUCCCUGAAGAUAACAGUGAGGAGGUAAGUAUUACUGAGGACUUACCCAUUGCAUUGAGAAAGGAAAGAAGAUCAUGUGCUAAAUAUCCUAUUUCUCAGUAUGUUUGCACUAACAAUCUCUCUGAUAAGCACAGAAGCUUUAUUGCUGCCAUUGAUGCCACAGAAAUUCCUACCUCAAUCCAGGAGGCCAUGAAACUUGAACAUUGGACUCAAGCCAUGAAAGAAGAGAUGAAUGCAUUAGAAAGAAAUUCAACUUGGGAGAUUGUUGAUAAGCCAAGAGACAAGAAGGCAGUAGGGUGUAGAUGGAUAUUCACAGUGAAACAUAAGGCAGAUGGGACAAUAGAAAGAUAUAAAGCUAGAUUGGUGGCAAAAGGCUAUACCCAAACUUAUGGGAUUGACUAUGAGGAGACGUUUGCCCCAGUGGCAAAGAUGAAUACAGUUCGAGUUGUUCUCGCUUUGGCUGCUCAUUUUGGUUGGGACUUACACCAGUUGGAUGUGAAGAAUGCCUUUCUUCAUGGAAAUCUAGAAGAGGAAGUGUACAUGGAGAUUCCCCCAGGUUUUGAAGUGAAAAAUGAAAGAAACAAGGUAUGCCUCCUAAAGAAAGCAUUGUAUGGUCUUAAGCAAUCCCCUAGAGCAUGGUUUGGAAGAUUUACAAAAGUAAUGGUUUCCUUGGGAUACAGACAAAGCCAAGGAGAUCAUACUCUAUUCAUAAAACACUCUUCUACAGGUAAACUCACUCUAUUGCUUGUCUAUGUGGAUGAUAUGAUUAUUGCAGGAGAUGAUGAAACAGAAAAAUUGGCAUUAAAAGAAAAAUUGGCAGCCCAAUUUGAAAUGAAAGACCUAGGAAAACUCAAGUAUUUUCUUGGAAUAGAGGUUGCUUAUUCCAAAAAUGGAAUUUUCAUCUCCCAAAGGAAAUAUGUACUUGAUCUCCUCAAAGAAACAGGGAAGCUGGGAUGUAGAACCUCAACAGUUCCUAUAGAACAAAAUCACAGAAUUGGAAGUGAAGAAAGUGCUCCUGUAGAGAAGGCCCAAUAUCAGAGAUUGGUAGGGAAAUUGAUUUAUCUAUCACACACAAGACCAGACAUUGCUUAUGCAGUUAGUGUAGUGAGCCAAUUUAUGCAUGAUCCAAGAGAGAGACACAUGCAAGCAGUUGACAAAAUUCUCUAGUACUUGAAGUCAAGUCCAGGAAAGGGGUUAUUGUUCAAAAGGGAAGAUACAUUGACUAUGAAAAUAUAUACUGAUGCUGACUAUGCAGGUUCUAUUACUGACAGAAAAUCUACUUUUGGGUAUUGUAUGUUUCUUGGAGAUAGUCUCGUAACAUGGAGGAGCAAAAAGCAAGAUAGAGUAUCUCGUUCUAGUGCAGAAGCUGAGUUCCGAGCCCUUGCUCAAGGAAUGUGUGAAGGACUCUGGAUGAAAAUCAUUUUGGAUGACCUUAAAGUCAAGGUGGACAACCCCGUGCAACUAUAAGUCUGCCAUGAGCAUUGCCCAUAAUCCAGUACAACAUGAUAGGACCAAACACAUUGAGAUUGACAGACAUUUCAUCAAAGAUAAUCUAGACAGAGGCUUUGUGAUUACAACUCAUGUUCCUACAGAACUUCAGAUAGCAGAUAUUUUACAAAAGGGCUCCCUCAGGGUAGAUUUCAAGAUCUUGUAGGCAAGUUGGGAAUGAUUGAUAUUCAUUUACCAACUUGAGGGGGAGUGUUGUAAUUAGAGAAAAAAUCUUCCUAAUUAGA